CUGGAGCACGAGGAGACGGAUGCCCUCAGCACGCCUGAGGGUUUGCAUCUCAUCCAGGAUGAGCUUGAAACGGUCGAAGAUGAUCUCCUAACCGAAGAGGUUGCAUCAUCACUCGAUGGAUGUACAAUAUCCACGGCUUCCGACAUAAAUCCAUUACCUCCACCCAUCAAUAUCUAUUGGGCCACCAUCAACAUAGUCCUGCUCGUACUUGUAUUUAUCAUAUCCACUCUGCUCAUCGCAUUAGUUUGGCAUCUAGCCCCACGUCUGCCUGAUGGAGAAUCUAUAAAAAUUCCAACAAGUUUAGCUCAAUUACGACAUUUGGCUGAUGUUUUCCAUAAAUAUAAAGAUGACCACUUUGCCUAUAGUCUACUUAUAUUCUGUUCUGCUUAUAUAUGGAAACAGACGUAUGCGAUUCCAGGUUCAAUAUUAUUAAAUUUGGUAGCAGGAGCUUUAUUUGGAAUGUGGAUAGGCACAGGGCUCAUAAGUAUUUUGACGGCCAUUGGCUCGUCUUGUUGUUAUCUACUUUCGUCACUUUUCGCUCGUCCGCUUGUAUAUAAACUUUUGUGGAGACAGACGAUGAUGAUUAAGGGAAAAAUUGUCGCCAAUCGCCGUCAUGUUAUUCUCUUCCUCCUGUCAGCUCGAAUUUUUCCAUUUACGCCUCAUUGGUUGCUGAACAUAUCUUUUCCAUUCGUUGGAAUACCGAUUUACCUUCACUUCUUUACUAUGAUUCUAGGAAUGUUACCAUAUCACUUCAUCUGUGUCCGGGCUGGUCGUAUACUCUCUGAAAUCAAAAGUGUCUCAGAUAUUUUUAACGCAGCUACUCUAGCACAACUUAUCACAAUCGCGGUUAUCUUUGUUGCUGUCGGAAUCAUAUCAAAACGAUUAAAAAGAGAACCACGUCUUCCACAUUUAGUUACUGAUUGA